CCAAAUUCUGAGUUUCCCUCCCUAAUUAUCUCCGUCCCUCUCCCAAAUCUCCAAAUUUUGGAGUUGAUUUUGCUAAAACUCAAAAACCAAUUAGAACCUAAUUGCCAAAUUCAUUUCCUCAACUCUAAUCCAUCAACGACAGGAGGUCAAUAGGUGAGUUUGUGUUGAUUUUGGGUGAUUUCUUCCUAAUCCUCUUCGUUUCUUCUCUCUGCCAGAGGUGUUGCUAACGUGGACUGGAACAUUCUCGAUGAUGCGGCGGACUUUGACCUCUAGGUCAUCCUCUUCCUCCUUUAACACUGGCUUCUCAUACUCCACAAUCGCCGUCGAUCCCACUGUAGGAGGACGCGGCGGUAGUCCCGAUUUCUAUUCCGUCAACGCUAACUGCAUCUUCGCGUCCUUCGGGUUUUGCAUAAUCAAGGGAUUUGGGGUUGGAGAACAAGUGCUACAGGGGAGGGAGGUUGCUGCUCUAGAUCUGCUUGAAACCCAUUUCUCCCUUUUUCUACCACUAUUUCCAUCUGUCAUCUCUUGAUUUCAUUGUUUCCUCAGUUCCUAGAGGGCAAAAUGGAUGAUGUAAACGACUGUGAUUUCUCAAAUCCACAAGGACCUACUGAAGUGGAAAACUCUCGGACACCAAAUGGAUGCAGCUGCAGUUAUGACUUCUCCACUGAUUCCAUCUAUCUUAUCUGGUCCAAGGUGAUGAUAUGGGGGAAGAGAAGACAUAAAACACGUGCUGCAAUGUGUUUACUCGAUCAAACUUCAUUUCUUCCUUCCAAAUGCUAAAUAAUUGAGAAAGACUGGACCACCCAAUUAACAAAUCCAGGAGUAGAGACUAACGCUGAAAGAGAAACCGAUUGAUAAGUUAAUUUCUUUCCUUGUGUGUGUGUGUGUUUUUUUUUUUUUGUUUUUUUUUUUUGGUCCAUUACAAAUUUGUCAUUUUACAUUGAACAGAAAACUGUUGCAGCACUUCUGUUUUAAUUUCUGUAUGUAAUGUAAUACUAUUAACUACUUCAACUUCAAACUGGUGUUGCACGUCUAUUAAUAUCUAAUCCUGCCAAUUUAUAAUGCUUGUUGUCUGAUUGUUAUCUCCUUAGUGUGUUAAUUAUAUUUAGGAUUAAUUCCACAUAUCUCAGUGUUGAAUAUAAUUUGUGUUUGAGUUUGAUUAUCUAAUGUACGGUAAUCUUUGUUCAAAAAAAAAAAAAAUUGCUUGGUUAAUCUGUGCUACUAUCGCAUUUUCAUCUUGUACUGCAAAGUUUGUUAUUGUAGAAGAUCUAAGUGUACGCUCUCUAUAUGGUAGUUCUAAUAAAUUUAAUAGAUCUGAUUUUUGGUCAUUUUAAUAGAGAUUUGGAGCCUUGCAAUUAAAGUCCCUUCAAAGCCACCUCACAAAAGCUCCAAUAAGGUUCCACCUUUUUCUUUUGACUUGUCUUGGAAAGUGCUAAGGCAUUUAGAUCCCCUAUGACCCAUUAAGAAUAAAUGGAUAGAUGAAAU